ACCUGUCGGCCGCGCAUGCGCACCAGGCGCCCGGCGCGCCCGGCCGCCCCGCGCCCCGCGGCGCGCGGCCAGUGCGCAGGCGCGGCGGCCGAUGCGAGUGUGUAUGUGCGGGCGAGAAGAUGGCGGCGGCGGGGGAAGCAGCGUGAGGAGUCGGACGAGCGCCGAGGCUCAUUGAAACGGGCCGCCAUGGCCCUCCGCAACCCGCAGUAUAUUUUUGGAGACUUUAGCCCUGAUGAAUUCAAUCAGUUCUUUGUGACUCCUCGCUCUUCAGUUGAGCUUCCUCCCUACAAUGGAACAGUUCUGUGUGGCACACAAGCUCCCGAUGAACUACCCGAUGGACAAGAAUAUCAGAGAAUUGAGUUUGGUGUUAAUGAAGUAAUUGAACCUAACGACACUUUGCCGAGAACUCCCAACUACAGUAUUUCAAGCACAUUGAAUCCUCAGGCCCCUGAAUUUAUCCUCAGUUGCACAACUUCCAAAAAGAUCCCUGAUGACGUAGAUAAAGAAGCGGCCUACAGCUCCGUGGACUGCCAGUACCCAGGCUCUGCCCUUGCUCUGGACGGCAGCUCUAGCGUGGAGGUGGAAGUUCUAGAAAACGACGGUGUCGCGGGUGGUCUCGGACAGAGGGAGCGUAAAAAGAAGAAAAAACGUCCACCAGGAUAUUACAGUUACUUGAAAGAUGGCGGUGAGGGGAGUAUUCCCACAGACGCCCUGGUCAAUGGCCACGCCAACCCAGCGGUCCCGAACAGCGUAGGCUCAGAGGAUGUGGAGUUAGCGGGCGCGGCGCCCCCAUCGGGGACACCCAGGACUUGCGGCAGCCCUCGGGGUUCCACGGACUUCGUCGGCGACGCUGUGUCCGGCGGGCCUUUCCCUGGAGCCCUCGACGGCGAUGCGAGGACUGCAGGGCAGCCCGGGAGCUGCCACGGGGCUGACUUGGAACAGUCCUGCCUCCCCGCAGAGGCCGGCAGGGACAGCCUGUUGAGGACAGCGGUGGCUCAGCCUUACACGGGGACUCACACUACUGAAAACCUUGCCGUUGCUAAUGGACAAAUACUUGAAUCCUCGGGCGAGGGCUCAGCUGCCAAUGGGGUCGAGUUGCACACUGUGGAAAGCCCGGACUCGGACGCUGCUAAAGCCGAGAGCGCCGCCCCUGCUGCCGAUUCCCCGGCCUCUGUGGCGGGCACCGCUCCCGCCAGCCAGCCUAAGUCGUGGGCCAGUCUUUUUCAUGAUUCUAAGCCCUCUUCCUCCUCGCCCGUGGCUUCCGUGGAAACUAAGUAUUCCCCUCCCGCCACGUCCCCCCUGGUCUCUGAAAAGCAGGUCGAAGUCAAAGAAGGGCUUGUUCCAGUUUCAGAGGAUCCCGUAGCCAUAAAGAUUGCAGAGUUACUGGAGAAUGUGACCCUAAUACAUAAACCAGUGUCAUUGCAACCCCGGGGGCUGAUCAAUAAAGGAAACUGGUGCUACAUUAAUGCUACGCUGCAGGCACUGGUCGCCUGCCCUCCAAUGUAUCACCUGAUGAAGUUCAUCCCUCUGUAUUCGAAAGUGCAAAGGCCUUGUACGUCGACACCCAUGAUAGAUAGCUUUGUUCGGCUAAUGAAUGAGUUUACUAAUAUGCCAGUACCUCCAAAACCCAGACAAGCUCUUGGGGAUAAAAUCGUGAGGGAUAUCCGCCCUGGAGCUGCUUUUGAACCUACGUACAUUUACAGACUCCUGACGGUGAUCAAGUCGAGCCUGUCUGAAAAGGGUCGACAAGAAGACGCGGAGGAAUAUUUAGGCUUCAUUCUAAACGGACUUCAUGAGGAAAUGCUGAACCUGAAGAAACUUCUGUCACCCAAUAACCAAAAACUCACUGUUUCCAACGGACCCAGGAGCCCGUCGGUGCACGAAGACGAGCAGGACGAGCCGGGCGAAGGCAGUGAGGACGAGUGGGAGCAAGUGGGCCCCAGGAGCAAGACUUCAGUCACGCGCCAGGCGGAGUUUGUUCAGACCCCGAUCACUGGCAUUUUUGGCGGACACAUCAGGUCUGUGGUCUACCAGCAGAGUUCCAGAGAAUCCGCCACUUUGCAGCCCUUCUUCACGCUGCAGCUGGACAUCCAGUCUGACAAGAUACGUACGGUCCAGGACGCUUUGGAGAGCCUGGUGGCGAGAGAAUCUGUCCAGGGUUAUACCACAAAGACCAAACAAGAGGUGGAGAUAAGUCGAAGAGUGACUCUGGAGAAGCUCCCUCCCGUGCUCGUGCUGCACCUGAAGCGGUUUGUCUACGAGAAGACCGGCGGGUGUCAGAAGCUCGUCAAGAGCGUCGAGUACCCUGUGGACCUGGAGAUCAGCAAAGAACUGCUUUCUCCAGGGGUUAAAAAUAAGAAUUUUAAAUGCCACAGAACCUAUAGGCUAUUUGCAGUGGUCUACCAUCACGGCAGCAGCGCGACGGGCGGCCACUAUACCACGGACGUCUUCCAGAUCGGUCUGAACGGCUGGCUGCGCAUCGAUGACCAGACGGUCAAGGUGGUGAACCAGUACCAGGUGGUGAAGCCCACUGCCGAACGCACAGCCUACCUCCUGUAUUACCGCCGCGUGGACCUGCUGUAGCCGCCUGCGCGCCGUGUGCCCGCCGCCCGCUUGCAGACGCCGACUCCCUCUGACUUCCUUCCCGUCUUUAGUGGCUCUCUAGGGGGAGCCUCUUCGUCCUUGGCAGAACGGGCUAGAACGGAGAGCAGACGCCUCGGGGCUUGUGCGCAACAGUUCACGUUGCCGCCUGCCUUCCAGAUCCGAAUCAUUUGGUUGAAACAGACUGUCACUCGAUUUGAGAAAAUACACAGAACCCGUGUUUCUGAAAUAAUGCCGAUUCCUGAGUGAGAAGGGGGAACUUGCAUUCGAUUCGCAGUCUAAUUGCUUAGUAGAAUAAAUCCUGCACCAGCGACACUUGUAAAUUUGUGAAAAUGAAUUUUAUCUUUCCUUAAGGAGUAAAUUUUUUAAUCCGUCACACUUUCCUUCCCCACCCUCUAGUUUUUGAUAAACGAUAAAAACGAGCCAGUUAUCAGAGGAGACAUAGUUCUUACUUCUAAAAGAAACAUAAAUACGAAAAAUAAGUUGCUGGUUCCUCACCGGAAAGAUACGUGUUAGUAAUCGUGCGAUCAAAAGCUGCUUACGUAUGCGUUGCAGAUCAGAUACCCGGAGUGAAGACGUUAGCCCACGUAGCUGGGUGGUUGUAAACUUUAUUGCCAUUAAAAGAUUUCACGUUGCAUUCAUGCUUCUGUGUACACAUAAUGAAAAAUGGGCAAAAUCAUGACGACGGAUCUUUCCUUCAGUCGCUCUGUUCAAUUCUGCCGUCUGCUCUUCUGUGAUGCUGCGUCUCUAAUUGUACACAGUUUAGUGAUCUCUAGGACUACAGAAGUUGUCCCCCACCAAUAAAAAUCACAAAGUUGGUUUAAAGCUG